GGUCGGGUUGGCGUGGAAUGGGCCAAUGUUUUGAAAAAGUUGGGAAAUUCUCACUCUCUUUCUCAGGCCGCCCGCCGCUUUCCGGAAGAGAAUCGUACCGGAUGGGCGCGCACGAGAACACGGCUGCUGCGAGCUGAGCAGCUGAAGUCCUUGAUGGAGCGAGCGGAGGACGACUUGGACGUCGGGACGUUCAGUGAUUUUCAGUGCUCUCAUGACGCUGAUAGGAAACGGACGUGCGGCGGUAUCAUUCGGGUCAAUGCAAGGCGGUUUAGUGCUAGCCUAGUUCCUUUGGCUCGAUGGUUGAAGGCGUUUGAAUUCCUUGGGGGAUAGUCGUGGUUUCUGUAGAGGAAGUCGACAGGCGCAGGUGGUUGACAGUUUCCAGAUGUUCGGGGGUGGUGGUUGGCCAGUGCCUGAUGAGAUUACCCACGAUUAAUGCUGAGUGUUGAUUGGUGGAGUUUGUGGGUCACCGAAGGAUUGAUGCUUCAGGUUUUGAUGCAUGUUGGGAUGGGCGUCUGAUGGGUGCUCCAACGUGUCAAGUGAUAGAAGUCGUAAUUAGCGCCGACUAAUUGAAGUGAUUCAUUAAACAACGAAUUCGGGUGCUGAGAUGAAGACGGGAGAAGUGUGUCUGACACACCAUCAUUGUGUUAUCAUUGUUGUUUGUUGAUUGAAGAUGCUGCAAGGAGCGAAUGUGAAUUGGGUGAAACGUUCGAAAGGAUUCCACUGAAAGGAGGAAGUUUUUGGGAUUGAGAGCACAAUAUUGGAUCUGGAGCACAGUGAGAAGUUUUUCAAACGACUUGGAAUCUUGUGAGAGAUUAUUGGCUUAUAGGCUUCGACGGAGGCUCAUCUUCAAAAGCGAAACGUAAGAAGCAAAAGUUACGCUAUAAAUCUUUGCCGGAAGGGCUGGGGAGUCAAAGUGGAAUAUUGAUGCUUCAAUAAACCGCAAUAAAAAUGAACACUGUAGUUGAAGUACUCGUGGAAGCAAUCAAAAGAUAUCAUAAAUGAUGUAGUUUAUAUAACAUGCUAUAAAAAGAAUCGCCCUGAAGUUUAGAUGGAGAAGUUUAAACAGGUUAAUUAAAACAUAAUCCUGUUACAUGUGUCAUGUGCUGCGUAAAUAAAGUGAAAUUUCGUGGAAAUUGGCAGUGAAACAAAGAAGAACUGUGAAGUGAAGGAAUAUCACGAAUCGUUGAUCUGCGAAUGACACAAAAAGUGGUAUAACUUCUGAGAAUUGGGCAACAAUUCUGAGUGCACUGGAUAGGAUAAAUCCCACCGAACAACAUAGGAUUAAAUUUCAAACAAAGCCUACGAUUUGAUAGAUAAACCCAUUAUCAUCAGCAAUCAACUAAAAGGAUUGAGGCUAAUCGCAGAACGGUUCCGCUCUCAUUCACAUUAUCCAUCGCUACGAUCCCAUUCACGCAAGGGCGGAAUGGAACGAUAUUUCAACUGAUUUCAUAACAGAAUAUGGAUCUUCGGCACACCUAGGAACUAUGAAGCAUAUAGUGGUUGUGAUGAUUUUCUUAAACAUUAAUAACGGCAUUUCCUCCCACUCGCAGUCGGUCGACAUCGACGAGCCGCACACGUACACACCUCCGAAGCACUACUUUCAGACGUCGUCCUUUGACGACGCCGACCUGGACGGGGACGACAUUGGCGUGAAAAACCCGCUGGACCGGGGGCCGUACUUUGACAUCUCGGCGUCCCGGAAUGUGACGGCGCUGGUGGGAAACACGGCCUAUCUCAACUGCCGGGUGCGAAAUCUCGGCAAUCGAACGGUCUCGUGGAUACGGCACCGGGACCUUCACCUGCUGACAGUGGGAAAAGCUACAUACACGUCAGACCAGCGGUACCAAAGUGUGCACAACCCCGCGCUAGAUGACUGGUCUCUGAAGGUGCUAUACCCUCAGCCACGGGAUUCUGGUGUGUACGAGUGCCAGAUAUCCACGACGCCUCCGGUGGGAUACUCCAUGACUCUGGCCGUCGUCGAACCCAUCACAACGAUAGUUGGAGGACCAGAUCUGUACAUCGACACCGGUUCGACGGUGAACCUGACCUGCAUCGUACGACAUCUACCGGAACCGCCACCGGUCAUACUGUGGACGCACAAUAGCGAGGAAAUAAACUACGACUCACCACGUGGCGGAGUGUCCGUGAUAACGGAGAAGGGUGACAUCACGACCUCCUAUUUGCUGAUACAGCGAGCGAAAACCUCCGACUCGGGCAAAUAUACGUGCUCCCCGUCGACGGCCAAUCCGAUCACGGUGAACGUGCACGUGCUCAACGGCGAACAUCCGGCGGCGAUCCAGAGCGGCCAGUCGCUGCAGAGUAAUCUGCUUCUAUCGGGAUGCUGCUGCCUGGUGCUCCUGCUGCUGUCCGUGACGCUGACCGGCCAACAACGGUGGCCGGCUGUCAGAUAAAACUGACCAUAAAUCAGCACUCGGCCUCGGCUCGAGUUGACUCGGCGACUCGACCACUACCCUACUACUAGGAGUACGUAGAUAAUAUGAAUGUGUGUGUGUUGUAUAGUUGCACCAGUGCAGUGCAGCAGCAGCAGAAGAGGAGGAGUGUGGUGGAUGCGGAUGGGCUGGUUCAGUCAGGCAGUGGUGGUGCGUCUGUUGCGGUCGAGACGACAUCCGGAAGCGGGAUGCGCGCUGCAGCAGGUUCUCUAUCUGUGUCUGCAGGGGACAGGAUGUACAUAAAGUUCCACCAACUGGUCAACCGCACUCUCGUCAUCGUCAUCGUCGUCUUCAGGCUAGAAAUCGGUGAAAAGUGUUGGAACAAAAAACUAGGACUCGAUGGAGGAAUGUGAGGCAGAGUAGGAAAUAAUUCGGAACAGUGAACAUCGCUCGCAUCACUGAAGUUUUGCUAGAUGGGAUUUUUUUUUCCUGUGGGCUGGGUUUGAUGAGUUUGUGGUGCUUUUUCUAGUUGCCAAAGUGCACUCUGUGGAUUAAUUGGUGGUAAUUUGGAAGAAUAAAUGACUUUUUAGGCGAGGCGCGUUGUGGAAACUCUUGGAUUAAUUCAAUCGUAACAUUGACGAGUAAAAUCCGUUAUAUGCUGUUAUAUGGUAAUUGUACAGGGACAGAAUUUACAAUUUUAUUGCAUGUACCUACCUCAACUAUAUUACAAGAUCUCAAGACAUCAUUGACAUGUUCUACAAGCGUAGAUAAGGGAACUUUUGCAUUUUUAUCAGUUUUGUGCCGUAACUUACAACAAUGGAAACUUCUCAUAUCUCGGCCGUUUUUCAUCCGAUUUGCAAAAUUUUGCAAC